CCAAAUAUGGAUUUUGUGGAAACGGUCUUAUGAAUUCGUCUACUCGUAUCUUGAAGAUUGGUAUUGUGGGUUUUGGAAACUUUGGACAGUUUCUAGCCAAAACUUUUGUAAAGCAAGGCCAUCAAGUGAUUGGUACGAGUAGGAGUAACUAUGAAACAGAAGCUAAAGCCAUAGGAGCGUUAUAUGUUCCAGAGGCAACUGAUAUGAUGGGUGAAGAACCAGACGUUGUAUUGUUUUGUACAAGUAUAACGUCUACCCGUAGUGUUAUUGAAGCAUUUCCAAUAGACGCGUUGAGAGGAAAGUUGGUAGUGGACGUCUUGAGUGUAAAAGCCUAUCCAAAGAAACUUUUAUUGGAGUUGUUGCCACCAGAAGCGGAUGUACUCUGUACUCACCCUAUGUUUGGUCCCGAAAGUGGGCGCUAUUCUUGGAAGGGCCUACCAUUUGUCUACGAACAAGUUAGAAUAUCAGAUGGAGCUCGAUGCGAAACCUUUCUGGGAAUUUUUUCUUCAGCGUUGUGUACUAUGAUACCCAUGUCUUGUGAACUACACGACUCCUAUGCAGCAAGUAGUCAAUUUAUUACUCAUACGACAGGAAGAAUGUUGGCAAAGCUUAAUUUGAUAAGCACACCAAUCAAUACGAAAGGAUAUGAAUCCUUAUUGGGAGUUGUUGAAACUACUUGCAAAGAUAGUUUUGAUCUAUAUUAUGGGUUAUACAAGUAUAAUCCAAAUGCGAAACUGGAGUUGGAGAAGUUGGAGCAAGCACUGCAAGCAUUAAGGAAAGAACUCGAGACUCGGGAAGCGUUAGAUGGUUGGAAGAAAGACUGAAAUAUACAAUCCAAUGAAAUUUUGUAUAUUUGGAAACUUUUGAACAGAAAUAAAUAUUUUUUUGU